AUAAGGAUACAUUGAACGCUUCCAUCAUGACUAGCUACUUUGGCAGAAAAUUCCUUCAGACUUGUUUCAGAUUGUCGAAAUACCAGAAUGUUAAAGUACCUUUACAAGCGUCACGCCAUAUUAGUGUUUCACCUGCGUUGAAUCAUUUUGAAGAAGAUCGGCCUGUUUUUCCUGGCUCCCGCUCAAACUAUACACCUGCACUUGAAUUCUUAAGAUCUGAUAUGUAUGAUGGUAUUCCUGUCUACAGGGUAAUGAAUAAAAAAGGAGAAAUUAUCCAAAAGGAUCAAGAUCCCCAAUUGGAUGAUGACACAGUGUUAAAGAUGUACCAUGACAUGACGUUGCUGAACACUAUGGACCGAGUGCUCUAUGAUUCUCAAAGACAAGGCAGAAUUUCAUUCUACAUGACUAACUAUGGAGAAGAGGGCACUCACAUUGGGUCAGCUGCAGCUCUUGAUCCUGGUGAUUUGGUAUUUGCUCAGUAUCGGGAAGCAGGUGUGUUGCUCUGGAGAGGGUUUCAGUUAGACGAGUUCAUGAACCAAUGCUAUGGCAAUAAUGAAGAUGCUGGAAGAGGAAGACAAAUGCCAGUCCAUUAUGGCUCUAAGAACCUUAACUUUGUUACCAUAUCCUCAACUUUAGCCACACAAAUGCCACAAGCUUCUGGUGCAGCUUAUGCUUACAAACGUGCACAGAAUGGUAAGUGUGUUAUUUGCUAUUUUGGUGAAGGCGCUGCUUCAGAAGGGGAUGCUCAUGCUGCAUUCAAUUUUGCUUCUACUUUAGAUUGUCCUGUGAUAUUCUUCUGUCGAAAUAAUGGAUAUGCUAUUUCAACACCAACCAGGGAUCAGUAUCGAGGAGAUGGAAUUGCAUCUCGAGGCCCUGGUUAUGGAAUGGCAACUGUACGUGUUGAUGGCAAUGAUGUAUUUGCUGUAUACAAUGCAACAAAAGCUGCUCGCAAUGUGUGUCUAAAUGAAAUGAGACCAGUCUUAAUUGAAGCUAUGACUUAUCGUAUUGGUCACCACAGUACAUCAGAUGAUAGCUCAGCCUACCGGUCAGUUGAUGAGGUGAACUAUUGGGAUAAAGAAGAUCAUCCUAUUGCUAGACUAAGAGCCCACAUUGUCGCUAGAGGUUUAUGGAAUGAUGAUAAGGAGAAGUCAUGGAAACGUAUUACGAGAAAGAGAGUACUGGAAGCGUUCUCAAAAGCAGAAGGACGAAAGAAGUGUAACCCAGAGUCAAUGUUUGAUGAUGUCUAUGAUGUGGUUCCAGAUCAUAUUCAAAAACAGAGAAUGGAAAUGAAAGCACAUGUUAAUCAAUACAAAGAACACUAUCCUUUAAAAUUGUUUGACAAAAUGUCAGGUUUAUAGCUAGAAAAUUUAGAUCUUUUUUUUUUGUAAUUUUUUUUUUACCAAUUUUAUUUUGAAAUAUUUCAAGACAGAGUCUAACAUGAUUUCAUAUGUCAAAUGAAAUAAAGUUUAAAAUAGAUUUUCACUUUAAUCAGUGACUUUUUUUUAUUGAACGGUCGAUGGUGUUGUAAUCAUUAAAAAGAAUUAAAAUAGUAGGAAAUAAUGUUAGCACUUUUGGAAGAUAUCAACAGCAAAGAUAUAACAUCAAAAUUCUGUUAUUUUGCAUG